ACCAAUAAAUAUAUAUAACUCAAAGUACAAAAGAACAUCAUCAAGCAUGGAGUACUACACAUUUACCGAAAACGACGAAGAACGUGUAUCGGGAAAUCAUCACGUGAAGAACACGUGGGUGAAAGAACGUUACGAGAGCGAUGAAGAAGAUGGAGAGGUGAACAAACUUAUCCUAAAGGAAGAUGAAGAAACUAAGGAUAUGGUGACAUCACCGAGUGGUGAGAGGAUGAUGUUGACGAGUAAGGUUAGGUAUCUCAACUAUGGAGCUCUCAAACAUGACACGGGGGCUCCGGCAGCUUCCGGUGGUGGAGGAAGAGCCUUGCCUCUUCCGUCGAACAGGUACCACCGUGGCCACCCCAAGUACUACAGAUGCAGGGGUUGAAGUGAAACCUUUCAGCAGAUAAAAAUAAUUUCGAAUAC